AUGGUCGGCGUUCCCGAUAUGGCACCCCGACCAGCAGGACCCGAAGCGCUAGCGUCGAAUGCGCACUGCUUCUCAAGUGAUUUGGAAAAUCUCGAACAGGUGGUUGCAAAUCGUUGUCAUGCACCCCGUAAAUAUGUGAAUUGCUCACUGACGCCAGCUGACCCAGUGCUAUGGCAAUCUGUGGGCGGAUGCGUCAGUGGUGUUGAACCAAUCCCGAUGUUGAACCAGAUCUCACUACGAUUUGGAACUCUUCCUCCGAUGUCUGGCAUUCAUCUCGACAUCAUUUUCGAAAAUCCAUUAGCAGCUACAAAUUAA